GUCGCCUGUGGUCUCGGUUCUGCUUCUGCGCGACCUUGGCACCAUGGAGGGGACCCAAGAAGCUCUGAGUGGGAAAAUGCGGCUCCUUUUCACCCCUGCUUCUCGGACCAGCCUCCUGAUGCUCAGGCUCAACGAGGCGGCGCUACGGGCACUGCAAGAAUGUCAGCAGCAACAGGUACGGCCAGUGAUCGCUUUUCAAGGCCACCGAGGGUAUCUAAGGCUCCCAGGCCCUGGAUGGUCCUGCCUCUUCUCCUUCGUAGUCUCCCAGUGUGGCCAAGAGGGCACUAGUGGUGGCUUGGACCUUGUGUACCAACGCUUAGGCAGAUCUGGGCCUAACUGUCUCCACUGUCUGGGCUCACUGAGACAGAGACUCACUAUUUGGGCAGCCAUGGAUACUAUCCCCGCUCCACUGUUAGCUCAGGAACACCUGACUGAAGAUCCCAGAGAGUCUGAGAGCUGGCAGGACACAGGAGAUGAAUCUGAAGGCCAUCCCCAAAGAGCGCUAGCAGAGGUGUCUGACCCACUGGCAAGCAACCAUGGACAGUCACUCCCAGGAUCCUCCAGUGAACCCAUGGCACAGUGGGAAGUGAGGAACCACACCUAUCUUCCAAACAGAGAGCAGGACCAGCCUUCCCCUGCCAGCCAGAAAUGCCUGGACAAGAAACGUUCAGCAACUAUAACCACUGAAGAACCAGAGGAAAAGAGGCCCAGAGCUUUGCCUCUAGUCCCAAGUCCACUACCAGGGCUAUCAAACCAGGAAUCACAAGAGGGAGGAGACUGGGAGCAAGAUGAAGAUGAAGAUAGAGAUUCCAGGCUGGAGCAGAGUCUCUCAGUUCAAGCAGCCUCUGAAUCCCCAAGCCCCGAGGAGGUACCAGAUUAUCUCCUGCAAUACAGGGCCAUCCACAGCACAGAACAGCAACAAGCCUAUGAGCAGGACUUUGAGACAGACUACGCUGAAUACCGAAUCCUACAUGCCCGUGUCGGGGCUGCCAGCCAAAGGUUCACAGAGCUGGGGGCGGAGAUCAAGACACUUCAGCGAGGAACUCCGGAACACAAGGUGCUAGAAGAUAAAAUAGUCCAAGAGUAUAAAAAGUUCAGAAAGCGGUAUCCAAGUUACAGGGAGGAGAAGCAUCGCUGUGAGUACCUGCAUCAGAAAUUGUCCCACAUUAAAGGUCUCAUCCUGGAAUUCGAGGAGAAGAACAGAGGCAGCUGAACCCCCCCCCGGACUCUUGGCCUGUCCCCAGCGAUGAAGCAAAGAGCUCGAAGGUGGAGCACAUCUGCUGUUCCGAUUUUGACCCUUGCGUCCAUGGUGGCGAGUAGUCGUGCUAGGUUAUUGCAGUUUGACUUUGUUGUUGCCCUACAUUUCUAGGGUGUGGGCAGUCAAGUCUCCUGGCUGUGCCCAGGAGACUAGGAAAGUAGCAGACACUUGGCUUUUUCAACUUUACUCCAGUUGUUUUCAGAUCCUGAAAAAAUGACAUUUCCAGGUCGACACACACUUUGGGAAUGUUGGACAAGUGAGUUGAGCUGAGCGGCCUCACAGGAACAAAAUGAGAACCUCUGGUGUUAUAGCACACCUAGGUGUAAGGGAAAGGGCUCAGCAUUGCUCAUGUACUGUAACAUGGCUGAAAAAUGAAAACCAAUUGCUUCUGUGUCUUGUGUGAUCAUUAACCUUCAUCAUCCAAGGCAGUGCUGUGUAUCUGACUUCGAGACUCUUUGAAAGACCGAGUCCCCAUUUCCAGCCCAAGUGUUAUGAACUGAAGUCUCCAAGAUUAUGGUCAUCUUUACUGUGCUCAUAUCGGCCAGACACAUGCUCUACCACUAAGCAACACUACCUUCCCCCACCCACAACAUGUUUUUAAAACAUUAUGUAUGAUCCAGAUGUGCAUUUUG